AUGAAGCUCACCACGCGCAAUUACCUGUUCUGGAGGACACAACUCCUUCCCUUUCUCCGUGGCCAAGGCCUACUGGGAUACAUUGAUGGUAGUCUCCCGUGCCCUCCGGAGACUAUAUCCGUCACCUUAGCUUCUGAUGAUGCUGCGGCAACGACAUCCACAACGGCGCCUAAUCCCGCGCACACCGCCUGGUUCCAGCAGGACCAAUCAAUUUUGUCUUUGCUAAUCUCGUCCUUCUCGGAUGAGGGAAGCAGCUCGCCGGCAGAUUAUUUGGGCAAGGCGCAGACCAUUGUUGAAGCCCUCGCUCUCGCAGGCCGCCCUCUCUCGCCGAACGAACAAUUACUGUAUGUGCUGCAUGGUCUCCGGCCUGAGUUCUGGGCAAUGGCGAGCUCGCUCACCGUCUCCGGCAACCCCAUCACGCUGUCGCAACUUGCUGAUCAUCUGCAAGCCCAGGAAUUUAUACACGCAGAUGACUUCGCAGUGGACUCCGGCGCUGAUGGCUCCCCGUCAGCCUUCUUCGCUGGUCGCGGUAGUGGCACUGGUGAUCAGGGACGGCAGAAUGGAGGUGGACGGUAG